CAUAAUAAAUGUUUGACAAGGAUAGCGGAAGGUCCUGACCUUCAGUUUGUCAGGUAGCUAACUCUAAGUCAGUCUGCUGUAAAAGAGUCUUCGGGUGGGUACUGCUGAUAGUUAUGGUGACCAGUUUGGCCUAUGGCGCCUCUGUUGCGUAUCAUUCUCAAAACCAGAAGCACCAAGAGCAAGUACUUCAGAUUGAUGGUGCGAUAGAUAGCUGGGAAUCACAAUACAGAGAUGAAACGAAGGCUUGGAAGCCAGUUCUGAUUAACAAUGCAAACGAAGAGGUUCAAUUUUCAGAGCUAAAUACUCCUGAUUUCCAUUCACAAUUUAGUGAUCUUCAUAACUAUACAGUUGUAAAAUAUAAUAUUGACAACAUUGUUGAUGUACUGAGAGAUUCAACAGAAACAAAGAAAGAGAAUCCUAACAACGGGGAAUUUAAUUUAACCUCAACUCUACUAGUUAAUUUUAACGAUGGAAACACUCUCAGCCUUGAAGACAUUCCUGUAUACAUUAGAAAGAAAAGCUCAAGGUCGAGCAAAGAUUGAACUUUAAAUAAGAUCGGUUAUUGGAACAGAACUGACAAUUCUUGCUAUGUCUAUAACCAGGUAGUUCACUUAUGAUACAUUGUUGAUCAUAAUAACUUUCCCAAUCUAGCUUCGAAUUACUCUGUUUUCCCAUGUGAUGAGAUCAACAGGUCAUAUGCUAGUUUUGCUUUCUACAGAUGGACAGACCCAAUCAAUGAACCUACUUUUAGUCAAUUAAGCACUGUCCACAAUAUAACUCUCAGUGUCAGAAGCAGCAAGGAUCCAUAUGUAGUUGGCUACACCAAGGUAGAUUUAGUAAAAUCUAAGGACAACAAUACAAUGCUGUUUUUGGGCCUAAUCAUUGGAGUGGUGAGCCUCUUCGCUCUCAUAAUCCCAUUCAAGCUCAUAAUGACUGAGGAUGAAUUUGUGCCUCUUAACACCCAAGAAAACCAUCGCUUUAUGAGAAAAGUCUAA